UGCUCACCCACCCUUGAUCCCAUUUUCCUAGCAAUGGAGACCCAACGUGUUUACUCGUCCUACCGAAAGCGUUUCGGGACUCCAGGAGGCUCCUCGCCCGUGGGUAUUACCAGCCGCCUCAGCUCGAGCCGGCUGUCCCUCCACAGCAGCCCACGGCACAUCACCUCCAGCCCCAUGACCCACUCCACCUCUCGCCUGUCCCUAGGUGGAGAGCGGCUGGACUUCUCGGCGGACUCCCUGCUGAAGGCCCAGUACCGGGAGAAUCGCACCAACGAGAAGGUGGAGAUGAUGGGGCUGAACGACCGAUUCGCCAGCUACAUCGAGAAAGUCCGCUUCCUGGAGCAGCAGAAUAAGAUGCUGGUGGCUGAACUGAACCAGCUGAGGGGCAAGGAGCCGAGUCGACUGGGCGACAUCUACCAGGAGGAGCUGAGGGAGCUCCGCAGACAGGUUGACGGCCUCAACACUGGAAAAGCAAGACUGGAGAUAGAAAGAGACAACCUGGCCUCAGACUUGGGCAGUGUUAAACAGAGACUCCAGGAUGAAACUGUCCUUCGGCAAGAGGCAGAAAAUAACCUCAACACCUUCAGACAAGACGUGGAUGAAGCUGCUAUGAACCGUGUACAGCUGGAGAGGAAGAUUGAUGCUCUGCAGGAUGAGAUCAAUUUUCUGAAGAAGGUCCAUGAGGAGGAGAUGAGAGAGCUGCAGGAGCAGUUGAUGGGCCAACAGGUUCAUGUGGAUCUGGAUGUAUCUAAGCCAGAUUUAACUGCUGCACUGAAGGACAUCAGAGCUCAGUAUGACGCCAUGGCCACCUCUAAUAUGCAAGAGACUGAGGAGUGGUAUCGAUCAAAGUUCUCUGAUCUGACUGAUGCAGCCAAUCGUAACGCAGAGGCUCUGAGACAAGCCAAGCAGGAGGCCAAUGAGUAUCGUCGACAGGUUCAGAGUCUGACCUGUGACCUGGAAUCUCUCCGUGGGACUAAUGAGUCCCUUGAGCGCCAGCUCAGAGAGAUGGAUGAGCGGUUUACCCUGGAGACAGCUGGUUAUCAGGAUACCAUUGCCCGUCUGGAGGAUGAGAUCCAGAUGUUAAAGGAGGAGAUGGCCAGACACCUGCAGGAGUACCAGGACCUGCUUAAUGUAAAACUGGCCCUGGAUAUUGAGAUUGCCACCUACAGGAAGUUGCUGGAAGGGGAGGAGACCAGAAUCACAGUUCCUGUGCAGAACUUCACUAAUUUACAGUUUAGAGAGACCAGCAUGGACACCAGGCUGACUCCAGAGGCACAUGUGAAGAGAAGCAUAGUUGUGCGAACUGUUGAGACUCGUGAUGGGGAGAUUAUUAAAGAGUCCACUACUGAGCGAAAGGAUCUGCCGUAAUGAUUCUCAGGCACUGGAUCGGCUGCCUUCCCUCACUAACGCUUCUGGAUGCUGUGAUCAAGGCAACUUCUUCAAUGUUUUGUCAACUUUCCCUGCUUAUCCUUUCCAAGAAUUCUGUCAUGUGCUUCAAAAAAAGAACACAAUUAUUUUGAGUUAGAGCAACUAUAGUAAGAGCAAAAACUAAAGGAUUUUCCUUUCUUUUGUUUAUUUUCUCUCUUUAUCUCUCUCUAUCUCUCUGUUAUGAAGAAGAGUCUUAGCGUGGGAGUAGACUAGUUUAUCUUUGAUUGUACCAUUAAAAGUCAUGGUUGGACAGAUGAAGGUAGAAAGUAAAACAAGAUGUUUAGUUAGUUAGUGGUCGGAGUGGAUGAUGAGCAGAAUGGUUUGAGCAAUACAGGUUUUGUCAAGCACAACCUUAGAAAACAGGUUCUGAAAUGUGUUGUAGACCUGACAAAUACGAGCAGAAUAUGGUGGUAUUUGAAUCAGAAUGAUCAGUGUUAAAGUAAAGGAGAAGGAAACUGUAAAAACAGGUAUUGUUGAGUGUUUUAAAGGGAUGAUUAUGUCAGUGGUGCUAUAUGAAUAUUUUAUGAAUAUUUGACCUGAACUCCCCCCUCACUGUGUGUACACAUUGUUUUCACACAGAUAGUCUAACUCAUCUCUUUGGACCCUGUUUAAAAUAACAUUAGAAUAAUGAUUUAAUAUAGAAAGCGUGAAAAAUUGAAUCUAAAACCCUUACCAUUCUUUACUUUUUUUCAUCUCUUAUUAAAUUCAUUAUGAUACUCUAGUCACACAUUGUUACUCAUUAUGUAAACUAAUUUCAGUGAUGUUUAACAUUCAAUUUGCCCACUUUCUGCUUUUGUUUAAUGUUAACAUUUUAUUGUCAUACUGUGAGACUAUUAAGUACUAUUAAUACUAUUAAGUAACAAUUUCUACAUUUCUACAGUACUCUUGUAUAAUUAACAUAGGUCACUGUUUUGUGGCAGCAAAU